UUCCCUUUUCAUAUCCACUCGUUUAAUGUUAUAGGGUUCCCGGCCACACCUGGCGAAGGUUGGUAGUCCUUCAGCUCAUGCUCUUCAAGUAGCUUAUUGAUGAGGACGAAGGCAUCUCCAUCUCAGCAACAUUGUUGUUUGUUGGAGAGGAUUCUGAUUGAUGGAAAACAAACCAAGUGCAUCAGCAAAGCAGAUUGCUAUCCUGGUUCCAGCAAAGGGCAUGAAGGGUUCCUCGGAUGUACUGAAGGAAACCACUGCAAGUGCACCAGAAAACCAGAUCUCUAUCCCGGUUCCGCCAGAAGGCACUAAGGAUUCCUUAGAUGUAUCGAACGAAAUCACCCCUAGUACGCCAAACAGGCAAAUUACCAUCCCUGAUCGUAUGGAUGGAACCAUGAGUUCCAUGGAUGUACCAAAGGAUGCAAUGAAUGACGAGGACACCGAAGAGGAGGAGACUAUAUUGACAUCAACACCGACGAAACCAAAGAAGACAGGCCUUCAUAUAUUCUUCAUGAACAUUAGAUGUGUCUACAAGUUGGAUGAGCUGGGGUUAGAGGUAAUGCGCAUCGCUGUCCCUGCUGCACUGGCAUUAGCAGCUGAUCCACUGGCUUCUCUAGUUGACACUGCUUUCAUCGGUCGACUAGGUCCAGUGGAGAUUGCUGCCGUAGGGGUUUCUAUUGCCAUAUUCAACCAGAUUUCAAAAGUUUGCAUUUAUCCGCUCGUCAGUGUCACAACAUCCUUUGUAGCAGAGGAAGACGCUAUCAUUAGCAAGGGCUUUCAAGAACAACGAAACGAAGACUUGGAAAAGAACUCUCCUGUAAAUGCUGAUGAGAAAGAGGUGCCACCUUGCAAUGAUUCUGAGAAGAGGUGCGGUGCAUCACAUAUUGCCAGUGAACAUGUGAAACUAUCCAGGUCUGGAUGUAGCCGAAAAUAUAUUCCAUCAGUUUCUUCAGCCUUGAUUGUUGGCGGAGUGCUUGGAAUUCUUCAGGCUAUCUUCCUUAUUCUUGCCGCAAGACCGCUCUUAAGCAUCAUGGGUGUAAAAUCUGGUUCUCCUAUGCUAACCCCAGCAUUACGGUACUUAACACUGAGAUCCCUUGGCUCUCCGGCUGUUCUCUUGUCUCUAGCCGUGCAAGGGGUUUUCCGAGGAUUCAAGGACACAAAAACUCCCUUAUAUGCUACUGUGGUGGGGGAUGUGACCAACAUCAUUUUAGAUCCAAUUCUGAUGUUUGUUUUCCACCUGGGGGUCAGUGGUGCAGCUAUUGCCCAUGUUAUUUCUCAGUACCUUAUUACGUUAAUAAUGUUAUCCAGACUGGUGAGGCAAGUUAAUGUCGUGCCUCCUAGUAUCAAAGCCCUGAAAUUUAGUCGAUUCCUUAGAUGUGGAUUUAUGCUUCUAGGGAGGGUGGUAGCUGUAACAUUUUGUGUAACGCUAGGAGCAUCAUUGGCUGCACACCACGGACCAAUUAUUAUGGCAGCAUUUCAGAUAUGCUUGCAGGUUUGGUUGGCUACAUCUCUCCUUGCUGAUGGUCUGGCUGUUGCUGGGCAGGCGAUACUUGCGACUGCAUUUGCGAGAGGGGGCUAUCACAAGGUAGUGGCUGCUACAGCUCGUGUAUUACAGUUAAGCAUUGUAUUGGGGAUGGCCCUCACACUUCUGCUAGGAGUUGGACUUCAGUUUGGAUCGGGAAUAUUCACAAAAGACAUUAACGUGAUACAUAUAAUUCACAAAGGCAUCCCGUUUGUUGCUGGUACACAAACGCUUAAUUCAUUGGCCUUUGUAUUUGAUGGCAUCAACUUUGGAGCAUCUGAUUACACAUAUUCUGCUUAUUCUAUGGUUGCCGUUGCUGCUGUUAGCAUUCCAUGCCUGAUAUAUCUUUCUUCAACUCAUGGAUUCAUUGGAAUAUGGACUGCACUAACAAUCUAUAUGAGUAUAAGAACGUUUGCCAGUGUUUGGAGGAUGGGGGCAGCAAGGGGACCCUGGACUUUCAUCCGGAGAUGAUUUAUUCUCCCUUGUGGGAAAGAUAAUGGACAUUGUUUAAAUAAGUCAUAAUUAACGUGGAGUAAACGAUAUGCACGUACAAUGUUUACAUCAUCGUCAUACAUGGACUUGUUUUCUUUUUGUAUGGAUUUCAUUUCUUUUAGUCGUUAUACAUGUAAUAUGGAGGCUUGUCAUAUCAUACCUGUCCUUGACCUUGAGUAAAUACUGUGCUGUAACUUUAAUUUGACUAUUUAUCUCUCUUGAUGGGGUUAUUUGUGAAGGAUGAUCCUCUCACCGUCCUGUAAUAUUCCUAGUGCCAUGGCAAUGUCCACUUUAUGGAAAGCUUUUCAUAUUGUUGA